AUGUAUUACAAUCUUAAAGCUUUGAUUAAAGCUAUAAGAGCCACUAAAACUUUAGCAGAUGAAAGAUCAGUGAUCCAAAAAGAAAGUGCAGCUAUUAGAACUAGUUUUAAAGAAGAAGAAACGGCUUAUAGGUAUAAUAAUGUGGCUAAAUUAUUGUACAUUCACAUGUUAGGACAUCCUGCUCAUUUUGGACAAAUCGAAUGUCUUAAAUUAGUUGCACAACCAAGAUUUGCCGAUAAGAGACUUGGAUAUCUUGGGAUUAUGCUUUUGUUAGAUGAAAGUCAAGAAGUUUUAACAUUAGUAACUAAUAGUUUGAAAAAUGAUAUGAAUCAUUCUAAUAUGUAUGUAGUAGGACUUGCGCUUUGUACGUUUGCGAAUAUCAGUUCAGAAGAAAUGUCAAGAGAUUUAGCAAACGAGGUAGAAAAACUUAUAGGAAGUAGUAAUACGUAUAUACGAAAAAAGGCAGCACUUUGUGCCAUGAGGAUUAUUAAGAAAGUACCUGAAUUAUUAGACCAUUUCGUAGCCAAAGCUACUUCUCUCUUAUCUGAUCGAAAUCAUGGUGUUUUACUCUGUGGAGUCACACUUGUGACAGAUAUGUGUGCCAUGGAUAGUGAUGCACUCAAAACGUUUCGUAAAGCUGGAAACUAUGUUCGAGAAGAAGUUUUAUCUGCUUUUGUUAGAUUGAUUUGUCAUACACCUGAAUUACAAGCUUAUACAACUCAAAAAUUGUAUUUAGCUCUAAGACAAGAUGUUUCACAAGAAUCUUUAACUUUAGCUGGUCUUUGGGUUAUUGGUGAAUUCGGUGAAGUUAUACUUAGAAGUCAUGGUGGUGGUGUAAACCUUGAAUCUGAAGAACUUGUACAAGAGGUUAAAGAAACAGAUAUAGUCGAAUUAAUCGAUCUAGUACUUCUCUCACCAUACGUCAACCAAUUAAUUCGACAAUUCGCCUUAACAGCCUUGGCUAAAUUCUCAUCAAGACUUUCACCUUCAGCAUUUUCACAACAAACUAUAAAUCAAAUCCUUUCAAGAUAUAUGUCUUCAUCUGAAUUAGAAAUCCAACAAAGAGCAGUAGAGUUUAGUCAACUACUUGGAAUGUCGGAAAUCAAAACCGGGGUUUUAGAACGAAUGCCUCCACCUGAACUUAAGGCUUCGGUUAUGGGAACUGUUAGUGAGAAAAGAGCCGUUGGAUCUACAAGGGCUGAUAAAGAUUCAUUGGUUGAUCUUAUGGGAGAUGAGAUUAGUAAUACAAAUCAAGGAAAUGAGAACGCACCAGCAGUAGUAUCAACUCAAACUACACAAGACCUUUUAGCAGAUAUUUUUGGAGGAGGAGAUCCAGGAACGAAUGUGACCAAUAAUCAAGGUCCACCAAAAUCGUCUGUGAAUGAUAUUCUCGGUCUCUUUAAUCCGACUUCUUUACCACCCUCAGCAACAAGCAAUGUUCCACAACCAUCGAUGGGUUCAUCAUUAUUUGAUGAAGAUGUGAUGGGAGGAUCAAUGGUGAUGGAAAGCCCACCGGCUCCUCCUAGUUUUGUGGCCUAUGAUCGGAACGGAUUGAAGGUUUCACUUUUACCGUCUAGAGAUCCUUCGGCUAAGAAUGUUUUGAAGAUCACCGCUCAGUUUGUUACUACGGGAAUUGAAGCUAUUAUGGGAGUUAACUUUCAAGCUGCUGUACCUAAAACUCAAAGGUUACAAAUGCUUUCGAUUUCUAAUCCAGAUAUAAUGCCAGGAGUAGUAGAAACUCAACAAUUAAGAAUCAUGUAUCCAGAAGGAGCUGCUAUUAGAUUAAGAAUUAGGAUUGGAUUUAAUUCUGGAGGUGAAAGUAAACAAGAUCAAACUGAUUUUAGUUUUCCUGCAUCUAUUACACAAUAA